UUAUGCAAAUCGCUUCCCGUGGGCGUGGCUUGCUCCCAGCGAGCGCCCCUGACAGCCCGCUGGGCCGGUGGUGCCUUUCCUCCCGGGACGGACGGGUCGAGUCGGGCGCGCUGGUCCAUGCUGGUCGCCGCCUUUGUUCUGGGGCCCGAGCGGAGACAUGCGCGGCUGACGAUGGAAGUGGAAGACUCCGGCGGAGUGGUGCUCACCGCCUACCACUCGUACCCGCGCUCGCAGCCGUCCAGCUCCGAGCCGCGCCGUGCGCCCCUGGCCCCCGGCAGCCACCCCAGCCGCAGAAAAUCCAUUCCUCGUUGCCAAAGAAUUAACAGGAUGCUCUCCAGUGAAUCCCUACAUUCUCCUGCUUUCAACCGUUCUAAUUCACAAGCCUCUGUAGACAGUACCAGCAUGGAAGAUUUUUGGCGGGAAAUAGAAAGUAUUAAGGAGAAUAGCCUGGCAAGAACAGAAGAGCAGGUGCCAAUUGAAGUCAAACCUUUGGAUGAGGGAGAACUUGAAGCAGAAUGGUUGCAAGAUGUGGGUUUAUCUACUCUGAUAUCGGGUGAUGAAGAGGAGAAUGGCAAGGCCUUGCUCUCUACAUUGACUCGAACCCAAGCAGCUGCAGUAAAAAAAAGAUAUAAUACUUACACACAAACUCUAAGAAAAAAGAACAAGCAAUCUGUGAGGGAUGUCAGAGAUAUCUUUGGAGUCAGUGAAGCUUCUCCAGAUGAUGUUUGUUGUAGUCCACCUUCUCCUUUGGAUGAAACCCUGGAUGAAGAAGUGACACCAACUAUUUCCUGCAGAAAUGGUCAACUGCCAGGUGAUACAGCUGAAAAUCAUACUGCUCAGUUGGGUUGUACUCAGGAGAACAAAGAACAGCCAAGAAUUAUCAAAACCAGUGGGUCUUUGCCAGAUGAUACUUCUUCCAACAAUAGUUCCCUAUCACAUGGGUCCCAGAAGGAAAAAGGGAGUUUUGCAGUUCCCAGGAAUGGUGCUGUGUCCAUACUUGAGACCAUUCCAGAUGUGCCAGUUUAUUCCAAUGGAUCAGCAGACCAUGAACAGUGCAUUCAGAGAGCAGUGAAGGAUGUUGAUUAUCUGGAAAAGACCAUUUCACCAGAAACUGAAGAGUUGUCGUUUGAAGUGUCUUAUUCAGAAAUUGUUACAGAGGCUCCUAAAAAAAGCAAAUUUAAGAAAACUGAUUUUAAAAAAGAAGAUUAUGCUUCAACUAAAUUUAUUGUUCAGAAAACCAGAUUUGGCCUAACUGAAGCAGGAGACCUGUCCAUUGAAGACAUGAAGAAAAUCCGCCAUCUCUCUUUGAUUGAACUGACAGCUUUUUUUGAUGCUUUUGGAAUUCAACUGAAAAGAAGCAAAACAGAGAAAGUAAAGGGACGAGACAAUGGAAUUUUUGGCGUUCCACUUACCAUCCUACUGGACAAUGAUCGAAAGAAAUACCCUGGAGCUAAAGUUCCCCUGGUAUUGCAAAAAUUUUUUCAGAAAGUUGAAGAAUCAGGUUUAGAAUCUGAAGGAAUAUUUCGGCUCUCAGGAUGUACUGCGAAAGUGAAGCAAUACCGUGAAGAACUAGAUGCCAAAUUUAAUGCUGAUAAAUUCAAGUGGGACAAAAUGUGCCAUAGAGAAGCUGCAGUAAUGUUGAAAGCAUUUUUCAGAGAACUACCCACUUCUCUCUUCCCUGUGGAAUAUAUACCUGCCUUCAUCACACUAAUGGAAAGAGGGCCUCACAUCAAGGUACAGUUCCAAGCUUUGCACCUCAUGGUUAUGACACUGCCUGAUGCCAACAGGGACACAGCCCAGGCUCUCAUGACAUUCUUCAAUAAAGUGAUUGCUAACGAAUCAAAAAACCGAAUGAGUUUAUGGAACAUUUCAACAAUAAUGGCACCAAACCUUUUCUUCAGCAGAAGCAAACAUUCCGAUUAUGAAGAAUUACUGUUAGCAAAUACUGCAGCCCACAUUAUCCGCCUAAUGCUGAAGUACCAAAAAUUUUUGUGGAAGGUUCCAGCUUUCCUCAUCACUCAAGUCAGAAGAAUGAAUGAAGCCACCAUGCUAUUAAAGAAGCAAAUCCCAAGUGUCAAAAAGCUGCUAAGGAGGAAGACCAUAGAACGAGAGUUUACAAGCCCCAAGACUUCAAAGGUACUACAAAAGUCACCUUCUUCAAGAAGAAUGUCUGAUGUGCCAGAAGGAGUUAUACGUGUCCAUGCUCCACUUUUCUCGAAAGUGUCUAUGGCCAUUCAACUCAAUAGUCAAACCAAAGCUAAAGACAUCCUGGCAAAAUUUCAAAACGAAAGCAGUUAUGGUUCAUCAGAAUGUAUUAAGAUUGAGAACCAAAGAUUAUAUGAAAUUGGAGGAAAUAUAGGAGAGCAUUGCCUGGAUCCAGAUGCUUAUAUAUUGGAUGUCUAUCAUAUGAAUCCUCAAGCAGAAUGGGUAAUUAAACCCCAGUCACCUUUUUAAAAUACCUCUGAAGAAGG